AGAUAUGGUGUUGUCCUGGAUGCUGGGUCCUCUGGGACGCGCGUCCAUGUUUACCGAUGGCUCAAUAGCGACGCAGCUCGCAAGAAGGCCAGCGAUGCACAACUACACAGCCUGCCCGUCAUAGAAACCGACAAGAAGUGGACGAAGAAGAUACAUCCAGGUAUCUCAACUUUCGGCGAACACCCUCACGAUGUCGGACCCGAACACCUCGACAAACUCCUCAGCCAUGCACUUAAGCAUGUACCCCUGGAAGAAGUCCCGAACACGCCUCUAUUCCUGCUUGCGACGGCGGGCAUGCGCAUACUUCCUGAACGACAACGGAAAGAAGUGUUGAAGGAAGUCUGCGAGUUUGCGCGCGCUACCACUCAGUUUCAACUGCCCGAUUGCGAUGUGCACGUGCAGGUCAUUCCAGGAGAGACAGAGGGCCUGUAUGGCUGGAUAGCGGCGAAUUACCUACUCGGCGGAUUUGACCAGCCAAAGGAACACGAUCAUGGCAAGGGACACAACACGUAUGGAUUUCUGGACAUGGGAGGCGCAUCGGCUCAGAUCGCCUUCGCCCCAAAUGCAACCGAAGCGGAAAAGCACGCGAACGAUUUGACGCUCAUGCGACUACGAACGAUUGAUGGUACACCGCUAGAGUACAAGGUCUUUGUGACAACUUGGUUGGGAUUUGGUGUCAAUCAAGCGAGAGAGCGAUAUAUCAAGGCUUUAUUGGAGUCGAGCGCGGAGACUGAGCUACCUGAUCCUUGCCUACCAGCAGAUCUCGAGCUAGAGGUUACAAAAGAUGGCAAGAUCAUUGACUUGGACGACGACGACGAUGACGACGAUAAGCCCAAACAGAAGACCGCGGCGAAACUGAUUGGUACGGGCCAGUUCGCGGAAUGCUUGCACCGGACGUUCCCGUUGUUGGAGAAAGAGAAAGAGUGUAAAGACUCGCCGUGUUUGUUCAACGGUCAGCAUGUUCCUGCCAUCGACUUCAACGUGAACCACUUCGUAGGCGUAUCCGAAUACUGGCAUACUACGCAUGAGAUUUUCGAACACGGACACAAGGACAAGGCCUACGAUCUCAAAACAUACCAGGAGCGAGUGGACGAGUUCUGUAGUCAAGACUGGAAGAGCAUAGAGAAGGGUAUCAAGAAGGAAAAGUGGGGUCAUAAAGUCGACGAGGAGAAGGCACGGGAUGUCUGCUUCAAAGCUUCCUGGGUCAUCAAUAUGCUUCACGAUGGAAUCGGCGUCCCUCGAGUUGGUAUCGAAGCCAUGAAAGGUAGCCAAAACACCACUAAAGCUGUCAUCGACAACGCAAAGACAAAGGGGUUCCUGGACCCGUUCCAAGCAGUCAACAAGAUCAACGACGUGGAAGUCAGCUGGACCCUCGGCAAGAUGGUCCUUUACGCUUCGAGCGAGGUUCCACUACCCUCCGAAAAGGCGCUGGCAGUAGGCUUUGGCUCCAACGUCCCGGGGAUACCAUCAGACUUCCAAUAUCCUGGUGGGGUACCUAGAGAGUUCGAAUCAGACAGCGACUGGCACCGUCUUUUCGUCGAGCACCCACAGCGUAUACCCGGCUUUUUCAUCAUGAUAUUCAUCUUCAUUUUCAUCUUCUGCCUCAUACUUGGCAAAGAGAGGAGGAACACAGUCAAGCAGUACAUCGGCAGACUUUUCAAGAGCAAACAGGGCAAAGACCCUCUUCAUCGCCGUCGCGGUCGCGGCUUUCCAGCUAAACUUUUUGGCUUAGGCGGCGCCUCGUCGCACACUCAGCAACCUUACGAACGUGUUGACUUGGAAGAUGGGGAUGCGGCAAACGAGUUCGAACUUGAGGAGACUUAUCUGGACUCAUCGGAUAACGAAUUCUCGGAUUCCUCUGAGGGGUCCAAAGUAGGCAGGACGAGUGGUUGGGCGACGCCGCAGAUCAAGACUGAAUCUGUUCCCGGCGGACCAAGUUAUUUCGGCACGACCACCGCAGGAGAUGUUGUCAGGGAGGGCACUGGUUUGGGUCUGGGUCCACCGAGCGCAUUCGAGCUGAGCCGGACGUAUAGCAGGGAGAGAAUAAAAAGCCGCGCCAGCAGUCCGAAGAGAGGAAAGGGGAUGAGCAAACUUGAUGAGUGA